GGCCAGUCGACACCGAGACCUCAGGGGAUCCACCAGCAUCACCAAGGCUCAGCUUCACCAAGGCUCAGCUUCCCCAAACAAUAUACCCAAAAUGGGCAGGAUUACCUUCUACGAGGACAAGAACUUUCAGGGUCGUCGUUAUGAGUGUGACAGUGACUGCUCAGAUUUCCACACAUACCUGAGCCACUGCAACUCCAUCCGAGUGGAGAGUGGGGCCUGGGUGGUGUAUGAGAGGCCUAACUACAUGGGUUACCAAUACGUCCUGACCAGAGGGGAGUACCCGGAGUACCAGCGCUGGAUGGGACUCAAUGACCGCCUCAGCUCCUGCAAGAUAGUCCAUUUUACCAGUGGGACCCUGUACAAGAUGCAGCUUUACGAGAAGGCAGACUUUGGCGGCCAGGCCCUGGAGGCCACCGAGGACUGCCCCUCGCUCCUGGAGAAGUUCCGCUGGAGAGAGGUCAACUCCUGCAAGGUCUUUGAUGGCUGGUGGGUUUUCUACGAGCGUCAAAACUACACCGGGAGGCAGUACUUCCUAGAGAAGGGAGAGUACCGUAAGCCCGGUGACUGGGGUGCCGUCAGUCCUUUGGUGCAGUCUUUCAGGCGCUUCACAGAAUGAUUAAAACUUAAUCCAAAUUGUCCCAAGUACCAUAAAUGAGGUAAAUCAGAGGCAUUAGCUGCUGAUUUACCUCAGCUAAUUAUGUCAUACUUCCAACAAGCUGUGGUUUUGAACUGAGGUCUUAUAAAUAAAACUAUUAACAGAA